AUGGCGGGCUCGACCGUAGCCACUGGCGUCCGUGAGGAGGCGGUUCCCAAGGAGAGUUGGCUGGACAAGUGGCGCUGGUACGAGCGAAACACUUCAAAGGAGGAGAAGACUCUGUUGCGGAAGCUUGACUUCAUGAUCCUGACCUUUGGCUGCCUCACUUUCUUCACAAAGUUUCUCGACCUUCAGGCGUUCCAGAAUGCAUACGUCAGCGGCAUGAAGGAGGAUAUCGGCAUGGUGGGAAAUGACCUGCAGUAUACUACCGGAGUUUUUCAAGCCGGAUACUGUGCUGCCAUGAUUCCGUCCAACAUUAUCCUCACUCGUGUCCGACCCAACGUUUUGAUCCCCAUCUUCGAGGUCCUUUGGGGCAUCCUGACACUCUUAACCGCGUACGCCAAAGAUGUCAAGCAUAUCUACAUCAUCCGGUUCUUCAGUGGUGUCUUCGAGUGUGUCGCAUACCCGGGUGUCAUUUACUGCAUCGGAUGCUGGUACAAGCGCACCGAGAUCUCCCGCCGACUGAGCUUGUUCUACGUUGCUGGCCCCCUGGGAACGAUGUUUGCGGGCUACUUCCAGACAGCCUGUUACACGAAUCUCAACGGGGUCAACGGCUUGGCCGGUUGGCGUUGGCUCUUUAUAGUGUGCGGCUGCAUUACACUUCCCGUCGCUUUCCUCGGCGUCGCCGUGUUCCCUGCCCGUCCCGAUUCCAAGAACCCUUCGUGGCUUCUGACAGCGGACCAAAUCGCCCUGGCACGCCGCCGGGUCUCGGAAGGAGGCUCUGAGGCCCCCAAGGUCAAGUUCGACCGCAGGGCGAUCACCGACGUCUUCAAGGGCUGGCAUUGGUACGCCUUCGUCGGCCUGUACUUCGUCUUUAACCAGGCGAUGAUCACCAAUGGCCAACCUUUCAACCUCUACCUCAAGGCCCACAACGACCGCUACUCCAUCAGCCAGAUCAACAACCUGCCCACCGGCCAGUCUGCCAUCUCCAUCGUCGCGGCUCUGGUGGGUUGCUACUGGGCCGAUGCCAGUGGCAAGCGCUGGCUGCCCUCCAUCUGGAUCUGCGGCUUUAUGACCGUUGGGUCGAUCUGCAUGGCAGCCUGGAACAUCCCCGAGGGACUCAAGUUUUUCGCAUUCUAUGUUGCCGGACUUGGCGGUGCACUGAACCCGCUGUUCAUGUCCUGGGCCUCUGAAGUCACGUUCAAAUCUGCCGAAGAACGUGCCGUCGUCGUCGCCUCCAUGAAUGCCGUUGGUCAAGCGCUCCUGGCAGGCCUCAAUAUUGUCACGUUCCCUACACCUCAAGCGCCCAGAUUCAAAUUUGGAUGGUACUGGGUCAUGGUCAACAACAUCCUGCAGUGUGGCCUGGUUCUUGGCAUCAUGGUGCUCCACAACCGGGAGAAAAAGUCCAUGGAGGUCCUCGAGGGUGAGGCGGAGGACGUGGAACAGAUCAAAGUCAACAACGCCACCAAGGGCGAUGACGAAUCGACCUAG